AGCAGCACCGGGGAACUAAUGCUCGCUUCGCAAAAUCCCAAGAAGAGAGCCGGAAGGAAGAAGUUCAAGGAGACUCGACACCCGGUUUACCGGGGUGUGAGAAGAAGAAACUCCGGAAAAUGGGUGUGUGAGGUGAGAGAACCAAAUAAGAAAUCGAGAGUAUGGCUGGGGACGUAUCCCACAGCCGAAAUGGCGGCCCGGGCACACGAUGUGGCAGUUUUGGCCAUGAGGGGGCGCUCGGCUUGUUUAAAUUUUGCUGACUCGGUUUGGCGGCUUCCGGUACCGGAGUCUAGCAAUGUAAAGGAUAUACAGAAGGCAGCGGCGGAGGGGGCAGAGAUGUUCGUGGUGCCGGAAGUUGUGUUUUACGCCGAUGAGGAGGAGAUGUUUGAAUUGCCUGAAUUUAUUGCCAGCAUGGCGGAGGGUCUGAUGGUACCACCACCUCAGAUGGUGGGGUAUGCUAACUUUGUGGAUAAUUCUGUUGACUUGUCUCUAUGGAAUUUUUAG